AUCAUCAUUGCCUAGCACAAUUGCCGACUUACUGCAUUAAGAAUUGUGAUACCAAACGGUUAAGCUUCAGGAAAUAUUUUCAUCAAUUAAAUAAACCACCAUGUCUUCACGUUACGAUCGAGCUGUUACCAUAUUUUCGCCAGAUGGUCAUCUACUGCAAGUGGAAUAUGCUCAAGAAGCGGUGCGCAAAGGCUCCACAGCGGUUGGUGUAAGAGGCGGGGGCUGUGUUGUUCUGGGCGUCGAGAAAAAGUCUGUAGCCAAGCUUCAAGAGGAUCGCACAGUACGCAAAAUCUGUGUGCUGGAUCAUCACGUUGCCAUGGCCUUUGCUGGCCUGACUGCAGAUGCUCGCAUUUUGAUAAAUCGUGCUCAGGUUGAAUGCCAGAGCCAUCGCCUUAACGUUGAAGAUCCAGUGACCCUGGAGUACAUUACCAGAUAUAUCGCACAACUCAAACAGAAGUAUACGCAAAGCAAUGGUCGUCGUCCAUUUGGUAUUUCGUGCUUGAUUGGUGGCUUUGAUGCUGAUGGCUCACCUCAUUUAUUCCAAACGGAACCCUCCGGUAUUUUCUACGAGUACAAAGCGAAUGCAACCGGCCGCUCAGCCAAAACAGUGCGCGAGUUCUUUGAGAAAACCUAUCGUGAGGAUGAGGUUAGCACUGAACGCGGUGCUGUGAAGCUGGCAAUUCGUGCGCUCCUCGAAGUUGCACAAUCAGGUCAAAAUAAUUUGGAAGUGGCUGUUUUGGAGAACGGCAAGCCUUUGAGAAUGCUGGAUCGAAAUGUCAUAUUGGAGUACGUUAACAUUAUUGAAAAGGAGAAGGAAGAAGAAAUCGAAAAGAAGAAACAAAAGAAGUAACAUGUAGUUCUGGGUAACCGAGAUAAAUAUUAUUAAUUUCAUAUUUUUAUAAAAUCUGGAAUGUUAUCAAAUGGAAUAAAUAAAUGUAUAGAAUACAUGGUCAACUUCA